CCCCUCCCACAGAGAGGCUCCCUCGCUGACCCCCCACAGAGAGACGCCCUCACUGACCCCUGCAACAGACUCACCCUCACUGACCCCCUACAGACGCUCCCUCACCGACACAGAGUGAGACGCUCCCUCUUUGCCCCCUCUUCCACAUAAACUCUCCCUCGCUGACCCCUACCACAAAGAGUCGCUCCCUCAGUGACCCAAUCACACACAGAGACGCUCCCUCAUUGGAUCCCUCUCUGAAUGGAUUCUCCCUCACUGACUUCCAUACACAUAGAAACGCUCCCUCACUAUCACCUUACCACAUAGACGCUCCAUCACCGACCCCAUUCACAUGGAAACGCUCCCUCAUUGAACCCUCCCUCACAGACGCUCCCUCACUGACCCCUCACACAGAGAGACGCUCUCUCAUUGAGCCCCUCUCCAAAUGGACGCUCCCUCACUGGCCCCAUUCACAUAGAAACGCUCCCUAACUGCCCCCUCACCACAGACGCUCCCUCACCGAUCCCAUCCACAGAGAAACGCUCCCUCACUGACCCCUCCAGACGGCGCUUCCCCCCCCGUUCUGCAAACUGAACACGUGUGACGUUUGAGACCGGACAUGAGGUCAUACGGGGCCCGCCAAGGGGCGGGGACUGACCGUGAACUUCCGGUCGGAUCGACCCCGAAGGCCCGAAGCCUCGGGCUCAAGUUUGCCAGCCUUUCGGUGAGAGAUCGGAGUUGUGGCGCCGCCGCUAGGCUGCAGGCUGGGAGCGAUGCCGCGCAGUGUCGGCGGAGGCUAAGAGUCGGCAAAGCCCCCUAGUCCCCGAAUUCGGCCUGACCCAGACAGCUGCCUCGGUCUCGGACGGCAGAUACCGGCUAUCCUCAGAACACGGCCCUAGGCUUCAGUGGCGGGCCCCAGGACCAGGCCUCGGGUUCUGGGCCCCAUCCUCAGCCGUAGACCCAAUCCGGAACUUCUGGCCUCCGUCCCGGGUUCGGCCCCAUGGCUCUGGCCCCUGAAGGGCCGGCUGUGCAGGCCUGGUCGCGGGUGUCGGUGGUGGGCCCGCGGGCGUUGCGGGACGCGCUGGCCGUGCUGGCGCCCGAGUGCCGGGACUCGCAGAGGCAGCUGCUGAGCCUGGUGCAGGGCCUGAGGGAGGAGGGCUGCCUGCCCACCGUGCUCCGCAGUCAGGACGUUUACGGCUACACCUCCAGCACCUGCCGGGUGCCCCCCGUCGCCUCCUCGUCGCAGCCCAGGCCCAGUCCCCGGCAGCCCAAGCCCCAGGCCAGUCCCAGGCCGCCGCCGCGCAGAGGCUGGCUUCGCCCGCCGGCCUCUGGGGUCAGGCUGCGCGCCGUCCCCUGCCGGGAAUCCCGCAGGCACCGCUAUCCCGACAGGAGGGCUGGGGUCAAGAAGCCGAGCCGGGAGCCCCACCCCGGGGACAGGAGCUCCGCCGUGGAGGACAAGUCGGCCAACAGGCUGCAGCUGCUGAGGUCCAAGGUGAUCAAGGUGGACGAGCCGUCCUCGGACGAGGAGGUGAGGAGGAAGGCGCAGAGGAUCCUGAGGGUCAACCUGUCACCCGUGGUGAAGAUCAGGCCCAUCACCUACCCCACCUAUGGGGCUUCAUCUCUUGGUGGACAUCUCCUGCCAAUGGAUUCUAGUCGACCAUUGUCCAUUGCUAUUCCCUUUCGCACUUUAAUUUGUCUUGGUGAUUCAGAUGUAGUUUUGGCACUUGGGAAUAAGAUGAAGGCUUGUCCUGUCCAGGUUCAGGGAGCUCUUGCCUCUGUGCCACCAUACCUGCUCAGGAGUCAGGUUUUGAAUUUUCUAGUACUUGAUAGAAAAUUACCGAGUUCUCAUUGGCUGUAGGGAAAGUGCCAAAAUUCCUGUACCUGUGCUUCCGCCUCGCAGUGUAGGUACACUCACACCUGACCUCAGCUUCCAGUGUGGGUCAUCUCCAUAGAUACGACUCCAAGGAUGCAUAAACCAUUUUUUCCACAACAUAUUUUUUCAUAUAAUAGAGCACAAAAUCAAUCCCCCUCUGGCUUAAAGCGGACACUUGACCGUGGGAAAAUAGCUCCAGUCGUACUUGAGAGUAGAGUUUGUCUCCAAAGUACUCGGGCAAAGCCCAUUUUUAGCUCGUUAAUGCUUGAUUGUUCUGCAGAGGUUUUACCAACAGAAGCCCGUUUUGCUCCCGGUUCCAUAAAUUCCUAAAUGACCUGUUUGGUUACUACUGCUGCCUUCUGUGGAGUGAAUGUGUUUGAUCAGGGCUUCCACUGCUGGGUUUGUGAUAGAAAACUGGGAGCCGCUUGUCAACUGAGAUGUGGUUAGCUAGGCCGCCUGUGUCACCUUUACUCUGGAGGUUCACGGCCACUGAAGAUGGUGCUACUACCAAACAUAAUCGGUUUCCAUCAUUGUUCCCUCUCCACACGCACCCACCAGCCCCCUCCCGAACCCUGCGCUCACAACUUUCUGCCGUUUGUGUUCCUUCCUCCUCAGACUGUCCCUGUUGGGUUCCUGGAGAUGAAGAGCGCAGAGACAUGCUGGCUAGCCCAUCACGUCCAUGGGUUAUAGAGAGAGGCUGAAUAGGUUCGGGGUUUAUUCCCUGGAGUGUAGGAGAGAGGGGGGAGAUUGGAAAGAGAAAUUAUGAGGGGUAAACACAGGGUAAAUGCAAGGAGGCUUUUCGCACUGAGUAAACACCAGUCCUGACGAAGGGUCUCGACCCGAAACUUUGCUUCUUUCAACAGUUGCUGCCUGACCUGCUGAGUUCAUCCAGCUUGUUUGUACGUCUUGAUUUUUCCACUGAGGUUGGAAGAAACUAAAACUAGAGGUCAUGGGUUAAGGGUGAAAGGUGAAGUGUUUAAAGGCAGGAUGAGGAGGAACGUCUUCACUCAGAGAGUGUUGAGAGUCUGAAGUGAGUUGCCAGUCGGUGUGAGGGAUGCAGGUCCAGUUUCACCAUUUAAGAGAAAUUUGGAUGGGAGGGCAGUGGUCCAGGUGCAGGUCGAUGGGACAGGUGGAAUCACAGUUUGACACGGACUAGGUGGGCCAAAAACCCCUGCUUUGUGCUGUUGUUGUCUGUGACUGUAAUAACUACUGCAGUAAUGGGGUCUCACAGUUAGCAUCAACCCAACUCCCCCAGCUGAGGAUUCCUGACGAUGGAGCACAGUCCAAGAUCCAGCUGCCAUUCCAAAUCCAUCCCUCACAACAAGAGAUGCUUUCUGCGGGUUGUGAAUGUUAUGCGGCCCAAGGUUAACUAGUCCUCCAGGGGUGGGGGCAUCUCCUGGACUGACGUACUGGUCACUCCAUGGCAAACAGUAUUCUUAACUCCAGCGUAACCUAGACUGAUGUACUGGUCACUCCUUGGCAAACAGUACUUGUAACUCCUGAGUAACCACAGCCAUUGGGGGGGGUCAUGGGCGAAGGGACCGAAAGCCAUCACCAGUAAUAGGAGGGGAGUUUUGUGCCUCACAGUCCAUGAAGGAUUUCCAGCAUGGAGGGGUUUCAGCAACUCGAGUCGCCCAAGGGGAGUAGUGUCAACGUUUUAAAUGUCUGAAACAUUGGUAAUGACCUCAGUUCUAAUUCAGCAACUGGCCUUUGAAAACCCACAAUUCUGAGAAUUAAGGGUGAAGAUCUGAAAUAUUAUUGAAAGAAAAAAAGAAAUAUUCUGUGCAUCUCGGACCACUUUAAUGUAUGUCUCUAGCCUCUGUAAAUGUGAACUGUAUUACUCCAGCUUUAAUGGGUUUUAAUCAUUCUUUGUACGAUUAUAAAUUAUAUAAUUCAGCUGUAUUAUGAACAAAAUCACUGUGACUUAUCAACUAGCCGGCAGAAAGUUGGAUUUGUGAUUUUAAAUGUUUUUAAAGAUAUUUGUGCCAAUA